AUGUCGCGCGAACAAGAUCCUCUCCUGGGGACCCCCGGACCGGCCCCUCCCAGGCGCCUAGGCAAAUACCUGCGCAAUGAGCUUGAUCCCACGAAUGGGGACCUAGUCUUGCUUUUCUGCUACAUCAUCACCGGUCUCCUCGACAGCUCCGCCGUAUUCAUCUGGGGCUCAUUUGUCAGCAUGCAGACAGGCAACACCGUUUACUUUGGGCUGGGACUUGUUGGCACCAAUGACGAUCGCUGGAUCAAAUCCGGGGUGUCCAUCGCGGGCUUUUGUCUUGGCUCGCUCUGCUUCUCCGCCUUCCACCGCGUUUUCCCGGCUAGGCGUAGAUGGGUGCUCUGUGCGUCUUUCUUUGCACAGACUGUCUGUGUCUCCCUUGCCGCACUGAUUGUCACCAUCUUCCGACCUGCUCGCGAUGCGCCCUUGAGUUGGCUGGUCCUUGCGCCGCUCGCUUUGGUAGCAUUCCAGAGUAGCGGGCAGGCUGUGACAAGUCGUGUUUUGAGCUUCAAUGGCUUGACUAGUGUGGUUUUGACGAGUAUCUACUGUGAUUUGUUCUCACAUCCGGAUUUAUUAUCCACCAAAGUGGUUGGAAACGCGGAAGAGAAGCGGCGAUUUGGGGCUGUCCUAUGUUUGCUCUUGGGGGUUGUUCUAGGAGGUUUGUGGGCUCAUAGCUCCAUCGGAAUGAUGGGUGCUCUGUGGACUGCCGCGAUCUUUAAGUCGCUUAUUCUUGUUGCGUGGUUAUGUUGGAAAGGGGAGAGCGAGGAGGAAUAA